CUGGAUCAUAUGUGUGUCUCGAGCCUAGGCUUGUGUUUGAUCGUGCUUUCUUAAAUAAUUAUGCUGUAUUUUUUUUAUUGUUUCAGUUGUGGUUCAGGAGCUGGACGGAUCGUUCUCUCAUACAUUGCAGAUCGACGACGUAGUGUCAAAGCACGACAUCCAGUGUCAUUCGAAAGCGCGGCGUCAGCGGAAACGGAAGAUACCAUUGUGGACUGGCGAAGAGGUGGAUAUGGAUUUGAGCGCGCUCGAUCCGGACAGUCCGGUACUGUGGUUGUGGCUCGAUCCGGACAUGGUAACCAUCAGCAGCAUCGACGUGCAGCAGCCGGAUUAUCAGUGGCAGUACCAGGUAAGGUAUGAGCGCAACGUGAUCGCUCAGCUGGAGGCCCUGCACGUACUGCCGAAUUUCUGCAGUCUGCAGACGCACGUCGCUAUUCUGGACGUGAUCGAAAAUGAACAGUACUAUUACCGAGUGCGCUGUGCGGCGUGUCAUUGUUUGGCAAAGGUGGCGAAUAAGCUUAUCACGGCACUGACCGGUCCCCCAGCACUGAUUCUGCUGUUCCGCAAGAUGUUUGGCAGUAAGAGUUGCGCUACUAUCCCGCGGCAGAAUAACUUUUCUAACCUACAGCAGUAUUUCGUUAUGUUGGCGAUCAUUUCGUCGAUCGCCGAACUACGUGGCCCGAAUGGAAAGUGCCUGAUGGAUACUUGCAUCUUUCUGUUAGACCUGCUCAAGUACAACGACAACUCUCAGAACAAGUACUCAGACGACUGCUACCGGGCGACGCUGGUCGACGCACUCGGCAGGGUGGUGGGCAUGCCUGAAUCCGCUUCGUUCCUGCACUUUUUCCAGUCACCGACCGCUUCCGCCUCAGAUCUCUUCGAGGGUGGCGCUGGCGGUGUACCGGAAGUGGCCAGUAAUCUGGUCCGCCGCAUGCUCAACACUUUACUGACACAACUCUCAUUGGACGUCUUGCGGCCGUCCUACGGUCGUGUGGUCACUUGGAAGUGUUUGGAGGCGCUGAUGCAGUUCUACAUCAGCCGUGUGAUCACGUGUGACUUUGAAAUAUGGCUGAAGUUUGCCGCAUGCGGCAACUUCUCUGCCACGCGCGUGCGGGCGGCUGGAUGCCUGGUGAGGUUGCUGAAGGUGACCAAAGACGUUGGACUGUUCUCGAAACUUCUUGACCUGCUCGACGACAAACACGACACUGCUUUUCGUUACCGGGUCAUCCGGUUGCUCUGCGACCAUCCACCGUUCACACCCAAGGAGCGAGUCGGCAAUCCGCUUUACUGCAAAGAUACUUUCGACCGACUGUGCUCCAUGUUCAUCGACAUCGGCCCGUUCGCUGAUUUUUGGUUCCAUGGCGCGCUGCUUGAUUUCAUCUUUCUGACCUUCGAUCGAGAUCGACAGCUGUUCCUGAACCUCACCAGUAUCCACCCUCCUGAAGCGAUGUUGAAUAGAAGUGCGAUUGCAGUCACAAACGAGUCGACAUUAUAA